AUGAUAGAAUCUAAAUAUGUAUAAUAGAUAAAGAUAAACUUAAAAGUUGAAGAUAAAUAUAACGUAUAAUAAAAGGGUUGAACUCAAUUUUUGUAAACAAACUUAGAGAUAAAUCCAAUUCAAACUUGAUUGGAAACAUACAUAUAUUGGAAACAAACGUAUAAUAGAAUCUGAAUAGUCAAUUGUGUGUCACUGUUCACUCAAGUUCCCCUCUUGGAAAAUUAAUAAAUAAAAAAUAUACCCCAAUUGGAAUUGAUAGAUAGAUAGAGGGCUGCCUCCACCUGCACGGCUGCAUCAAGUGAAGGACUUGAGAUAUAUAUGAAGACUCGAUAAACCUUAACCCUAUUCCAAUAUGGAAUUGGAGUUAACGAUAGUGAAGUCCGGUGCGGAAUCUGAUUACUACUACCCCUUAAAACGCCAUGCUCGGCGCUUUCUCGUAACCACUGCCGCCAUUCGUAUGGGCACUGAUAACCAGCAAAUCGCGGACAAGAAGAUGUCGAACUUGCAGCCUGUCGAGUACGUUAGCCUCAAGAAUCUUCCGCCGCCGACUCCACCGUUCAUGACGCCGCCGGCGUUCAAGGACCCAAUCCUGCGGCGAGCCGCGUCGGCGUAUCUCAUGCCGGGGAUGGCUGCCGCCGCAGCCGCCGACCCUGGCUUCGCCUGCCGUGCGAAGGACGUGUGUGUCGGGUGCGUCCGAGGAUUCCUCAACGACGUCGUUUGGAACAUUAUCAAGAGUGUGUUUUCUAAGAACCGGAAUAAUGUAGAUGUAGACGACGGCGACGGCGACGGGGACGGAGACCGUAAAGUUGACUGAUUGACUGACGAACAGUGAGAAACUGGGUUUUGACCGGCGGAUUUGUACAUUGGUUUGACCAUUUUGCUUUUCUUUUUUCUAUUAGGUUUUGACGUAACUAACCAUAUAUUUUACAGUUUUGGAUGUUCUUCUUAUCGUGAUAAAUAGCAUAGACGAUGAUGAC